AUGGCCGGCGAGGUAAAACCCACCCGGCCCUCUGACCCGGACUCUCUUGUGCUCGAGGCAUGGAGUCAGGGAUUGACGGUGGGAGCGCUAGUGGUGAUGGCGGCCAUGACGAUCGCCAAUAUGAGGAAAGGGCCCUACUGGAUUCUGGAAAUAUACGCCGUCUUUGCCUAUUUCAACGACAUCAACGACUUAUUUUUAAAAACAAGGCCUUUGGAGCCUCUUUUUCGGCAGUACAACUUCGGCCUUAUCGAACUCAUUCGCAUCAGUCCGCGAUUUGGCGUUAUGCUGCUGUCAAUGUGCCUGUCUCUUGUGUUUGUUCUACUCGACAUAUUGAGUGUAACUGGUGUGCUUUACCUCGGUCUUCCCACGGGAGUAGAGCCAUUCUGGAAGCUCUCGUUCAUUUUCAAAUGUCUUUGCGACAUUGUCAUUCUUGACGACUUCAAGACCGCCCUAGACCGCAUCCGAGCGUACUGGAUGAGCCGUAUCGACUCGACCGCGGCAGGCCCAGGAGGAUCCCAAGACACUUCCAGGGAUCUUGAGAGUAGCGGAAUCGUGCUACCGUCGCGUAAAAAUGUCAGUAAUCUGAUCCCUCCGACUCCUGUUCCAUCGUCAUCAAAUCCCCAAUUUCAACAUACCAGUUAG